GCGAGUGACACGUGUCAAAGAAAAUUAAGGUUAAAAGUAGAAAAACAUAAAAAGUUAAAUAAUGUAAAAGUCCAUCAUUUCGUUCAAAAUAUUAGGAAAAAUUAUUUGUAAACCGGCAACUAGCAACAUAUAUCAAUUAUCAAUAUGUCCAAUUUAGAAAUAGAACCAGGGGCGGCGCCCGAAAGUGUCUUAAUGACCACAGAUAUUUUAGAUAAUCUUGAUCAAAUGAGCUCUAGUCUUGAGGAGAUAAAAAGUAUCAGUUAUGUCACUCAAGAAGAAUGUAAUGAGAUCCCAAAUAACGAAAAUUUUGAUUAUAGUAAUAAUGAUAAUGAAGUUCCACCAACUGAGGACGACUUCCACUUGAAUAAAGAAUGGACUAGUAAGCUGAAACAUGUAUUUAUUCUAAGUAUGGCAGGAAAACCAAUUUACUCUAGGUAUGGCAAUGAAGAUAAAUUGGCGUGGCUUUUUGGAGUUAUGCAAACUUUAGUUAGUUUUAUUCAAUCCUCAGAUGAUUGCAUUCAGAGUAUGCAUGCAGGAGAUACACAUUUUGUGUUUUUAGUUAAAAAACCAUUAAUAUUAGUUGCAGUGUCUAAAACAAAAGAAAGUGAUAGUCAACUAAGAUAUCAAUUGAAUUACGCUUUUAAUCAAAUUACAAGUAUUUUAACUCUAGCAAGGCUGAACAAAAUUUAUGAACAAAGGCAAAACUAUGAUCUUAGAAGACUACUUGCAGGUGUCGAAAGACUUAUAGAUCACCUUCUAACUUUCUCAGAAAAUGAAUCUUCUGUUAUGUUGGGAGCUGUUCAAUGCCUACCUCUCAACGCAUCUAUUAGAGAUACUAUUAGUUCAGCUAUUGUAGGAGCCUGUAGUAAAAUAAAGAAUUUGGUGUUUGCUAUACUAUUAGCCAAUAAUAAGCUCAUCACACUGGUUCGUAUGAAGAAAUAUUGCCUCCAUCCUGCUGACUUACAUCUGAUCUUCAAUUUAGUUCAAGCUUCUGAGAGCCUUAAAAAUUCUGAAAGUUGGACUCCACUCUGUCUGCCGAAGUUCGACGCUAGCGGAUUUCUCUAUGGUCAUGUUUCUUAUUUAUCUGAGGACUGUCAAGCUUGUUUGCUGCUUCUAACAGUUGAAAAAGAUGUAUUUUUCACUCUCAGUGAAGCUAAACAAAAGAUAGUGGAAAAACUGAGACGGAGCAAUUGCUUAGAAGCUAUUAAUGAAUCAUUAGCAGCACCACUAGAGAGUUGUGCGAGUGCUGGGUUCACAGAAAUACGUCAUUAUUUAUAUAAAUGUAAAUCUACUGCUCAAUUUUACCAACCAAACAUAAGUCCUCCUUACACUCAAACAAAAUCUGAUUUAACAGAAAUUUAUAAAAGGACACAUCAUAGGUUGCACAGUACUUCUAAACCCCUUAAACUCUUAUUUGAGAGAAAUUCAAACGAAGCUAUUCUUGCAUGGGAUACUAAGGGUUUCGAACUAUUUGUUGUUUUUGAACCACUUGUAGAUACUUCUACUGCCAUUGUUUUGGUAGGUAGACUUCUAAAUUGGAUUAAGAAAAGAGAAGAAAAGUUUUUCCAUUUAAAUGCACCUACAUUUUAAAAACAAAAAAACACAAGGUUUGUCACUAGUAAAUUAUUUUAUUUGUUGAACUCUCAUAUUUAUAUAUUAAUAUUUGAAAAAUAAUAUUUUACAAACCCUGCAUCAGAUAUGUGUGAUAAGCUAGCUUUAGUCAAAUUCUUAUUAUCUAUGGCAUUGAAGAUAUCUUUGUAAAAUCAAACUGUAGUAUAAUUCACAGAAAAAGUUAAAAUAUUGACUGAACUUUGGAAUAAUUAGGGAAAAGCUGGUAUAUGAGUUGCUCAAGCAAAUUUGCAAGUAAAAGCAAACUGAAUUUGAAUUUGAUUAAAAAAAUUCGAGCUUCUAACAAUUCUAUUGACUUGAUUUAUGAUGAUGUCUACUGACUAUAUCCAACAAAAUGUUAUGGUUGUAACGAAUCUCAUUAGUACUGGCACUGUAACAUGUGUUGUUGAUUUUUGUUUAGCAGGAAGAAGAAUUUAAAAUUAAUAUAUAAAUCGUGCAGCUAGAUUUUUAAUAAAUAUUUCUUCUGACCCCAUUGUCUCGUUAAAAAUGUCACUCAGAUUAGAUAAAAGCUUACAAGACACGAUAUUUGCAAAUAUCUUGUUAACGGUUACAUUUCUUAAAAAUCAUAGCUACCAAAUUUCUAACUGAGAAAAUUGUAUGGAAAUAUAAACAUUCUUUUAUAUUACAUUCAUAACCUACAAUCAGACAAUUCAACGUAUAAUCAAGGUGUCCAGAAACUGAUCUAACAAAUGCAAAUUACAGAUAUUUAUAUCCAUCUAACCUAGUUUCUCCUAAAAGAGCUACUAUUUAUGAAGCAUAUUAAAAAAAAUAAUACCACCUACAAUGUUCAAGUUUGGUAUAUUGUACAGUGAUGAAUUGAGGACAAUACACCCACAUUUUUUAUUGCCUUCAAAAGCCUUUAACAUGAAAAGGGUAAUAGAAAAAUGUAGUAAAGUUUUUUGAGUGGUAUCAGAGAGACAGAAAGUUUUCCAAACAAAAAAAUGUAUACUAUUUGUUACUGUCAUCCAUUUUAUAGGAAAUAUCUAUUUCUUUAUCUUUGGCAUUCAGUAUAAUUAAUUAAUCUUCACAAUGCUUAUUUAAUUUACUUGUUGCUCCUCCCAACUUCAACUCUUGUGACAGUAGUAAAAUGGCGGGCUUAUGAUUAACAAUUUAGACCAGGUUUAUACAAUGUACCAAAUUUUUUUUAAGCAAUUUUCAAGAUAUUCUUCAAAAAAUGAUUUAACAGCGACAUAUCCAAAGGCCUAUAACUCUCUUAGAUGGAAUUUUUGAAUAAAUAAAAAUAGAUAAAAUUACGUCAAGUAAUUUCAGUAUAUGUUGGACAGGAACUCUGUUUAUUACACUCUACGGCACAAAAAUACAAUAUCAGGAUUAAGUGAUAUUGUGAUCGGAUGUGCUCACUUAAUAUUUUUAUUUAAUUUUCGUAAAUCCAAACAACGCAGAAAUGAAAACUAUUUUAUUUUCGCGUCUUAAAAGUAAUACUUGUUUUUUAUGCAAUUUUCUAAGUUAAAAUUUUUGUUACCAUCGUUUCUUUAAAGUAAGCUAACGGGAGAUUUGCAAUAAACCGUUGUGACUAGGAUUUUUAGGAAACACCAAUAAAGGUUCAUGCAAAACUUUCACCUAAUUUUUCCAAAGUAGAAUGUCUCUAUUUUUUAUAUCUGUACUGGUACCCAUGCAUAUAGCACUCCAAAUUAUAAUGUAUAUCAUAUCAUACAUUGUAAAUACUCAAGAUCUCUAAUAUUUUUUAUGUAGUGAACUUGAAUAUUUAAGUUUAUUAAACUUUUCAAUCCUUUCUUGAGAAUUUUUAAAAAUAAGGGAAAAUGAAUAACUAAUGAAAUGUCAACUCUUGACAUAAAAUGAAGAUAAUAGUAUUACUUAUUUAUGUAUUGUAAUAAUCAUGUAUCAACAACAACAAAUUCAUUAGUAUUCAAGAAAAAUUAAUUUUGGUAUUGAAAUUUUUAUUGAUUGGAUGCUAGAAAAAUCUCACAAAAUAUAAAUAGCUAUAUAAUUAUUUGAAAAAAAGGGUAUUUAUAAACAAGGUACAUUAAUGUAAAUAUCUGAAAGUUUUUUCAAUUGUAUAUAUCUAUAAAUAGUUAUGUAAAAAAUAUAUAAUAUAAUGAAACUUUAUUAAAGGCAAAAUGUUGACAAUUCAAAUUAAAAAACCAACUGUGUGCUCCUUUGUCAUUGAAGCUUCUGCAGCUUAUUAAAAUAUAUUGUCAAUAUUUCUAGAACCAAAUUCAUAAUACGCAAAGAAUGGCGUUUUAAAAUUAACAUUUAUUAUAAACAUCAAGCAAAUAGAUAUUCAAAAUUGUUUCUGUUUGCAUUAUACCUAACUGAUUAUAGACAUAAAAGAUCGAAGACAAAGAAUGUUGUAGAUCGUCACCAUUCAGCAAUUUUUUAAUUAGAGGAAUCUACUUAAAAAUCAAUAUCAUAACUAUUGGAAACUAGAAAAAUCUUUGUCACGUAUGUAAAUCUGGAUAUUCGACAACUAAAUAAAAUAGAAGAAUAAAAAUUUUCAAUGUUCAUCAUCAACUCCAAUCUUUAAAUGGCAAUAAAAAUUUUCCUGUACCGUUAGUAUAGAGUUAUUGAUAAUUGCACUCUGUAAGUCGUUAUUAUCCUUUUUUGAUAUAUAUGUGGUCUUUAAGGAAUGCCAUAUUGACAUCUUUGAAACUACAGAUACGUUUCCUCGUAUUUGUUCACUGACUAUAACAGCAAAAAAAUCUUAUAGCCCGAUUUAUAAAAAAUAGGGCAGGGACGAGAAGUAUUGAAACUAAAAAAAUAGUGGAAGGAAGGGAGUGACUUUUUAAAGGGAAAAAACUGUUUAUAUUCUAUAGAAAAAAAGUUAAAUACCAAAGAUGUAGGUAUUUUUUAUUUUUAUUAUUUUCGAUGUUAAGUCAAAAUAUGGUGAAAAAAUAAAUAUUAUAAUUUAAAAAAAUUACACUUUGUUUUGUGCACAAAAAGGUAGCUUUUCACCGAAUUGAGAAAUAUUUUUUAAUAGGAAAAUAAAAAAUCAAAAAGAUGGUUAUAAUAAAUUUUGAGGUUAUGUGAAAAAAUUCUAAAUGCAAAAGCUGUAGAUCUCAUCUAUCCUACCUACAGCUUUGCUACUUACCUUGCUUGAGUGAAUGAGUAUGAAAUCUAAAAUCUUUUUUCUUGCUAGCUAGUUGCUCCUAUUUUGCCAGAAAAAAAGAUUCAACCCCAGUUCUUUUUGUGAAAGCCUGUGAGCGGUGUCUUGGUAGCAUGCAAUUCGUGUUUUAUAGUAAAACGACGAUAUUCAUAUCGCCUUCAAGGCGUGAAGAGUCGUUUGUAAAUCGAAACAGGCUACUCGGUGAAAAUCUGUAAUUUUUUGUGUAAUAUUUUCUUCCGUCUAUAUCUAUUUUUAAGUAUUUGCUCUUGUUGACUCUCUGCUCUCUUUAAUAGUGUCCAAAACAUUUCUAUACUCACCUUUUCCUUUAAAAUUGUUUUCCAAAACUUCGUCAAUCUGUUUAUUAGUCACAACUCAGAUAUUUCUUUAAUUUAUAAUUUCUUAGUCCUUUUGAUAUAUUAAUUCAUCUGAAUGUUCUUGAUUUUAGAUCUCUUGUGUUUUAAAAUUAGUUUUUUUCAAUAAUUUUUGGAAGAAAGAUAAAAUUUGACGUUUCGACUUUUCUUUAAAUCUAAAAGAAACUAAUUUUAAAACAGAAGAGACCUAAAAUCAAGAACAUUUAGCUGCAUUAAUGAUCAGAUAUUUGCAGUGUAUUUUGAAAAAAUAAAUAUUCUUACCGACUAAGUAUUUUUAGUUAAAACAACUGUUACGCUUUUGAUUAACUUGAUUCAACACAUAAUAUAGCUGCUAUUUUAAAUCUUUUGAAGCCCAAAACGUUUAAAAAUAUUAUUUUUUCUUCCGUAAAUGUUAUGAAACAUUUGAAUCUACGUUUAUUUUUAUAAAAUGAAAUCAUUUUUUUCUAACCAAUUUUAAAUCAUUUGUUUUAUCGACAAGUCUAUAUGACUUUGUAUAGUUUACGUGUCCAAAGUAUUUAAAGUCGAUGUAGACUUUCACCUCUUUGAUACGUAAAAAAAGUUUUCAUUUUCUAACCAUUUGGUAUUCAAACCCCUAAAGAACAAAAUCUUUUGUUUUUCCAUUGUUAUUAAAGAGUCGAAAACUACUUGUUAUGAUGUUUACUGUGUACAAUAAAGAUAAGAGAUAAAACAUUUUUCUUCAUAUUCUGCAUUAUUAAGAUAUAUGAAUUGGUUACAUUGAAUUGUACAAACUUGUUAAAAUACUUGAAGUAAUAGGUUAAAAAUAACUGUGAUAAUCACAUUAUUAUACUACAAUUUUUAUUUAUAUCAAUUUAAUAAAACACUUUAGUUUUAAA